UUUAGCUUGUGAGGAAGUUCUACUCGAGCUGUAUUGAUGACAUAUUUUAAAGCAGACAUUAACUAGAAACGGUUUAUUCCAUGACUUUUCCUGGGCUGUAACAUGCAAUUCUAAAAUUCCCUGAUGUUUUCCGGGACCGUUUGAAAUCUUCUGGUUUAAUGUCACGAGCUCAGUCAUAGUAAUCCACUACCCUUAUAGACUUGUAUAUUCCUACGGUGGUUAUUAAUGUAUUACAUGUUUUGAGAGCUGGUGUCUGAUGCAGAUGUUUUAUUGAAGCAUUAAUUGAUUUAAACAUGAUUAAGGCACCGGAGAUGCAGUUUACUGUGAACAUCUGACUGCUGAAUCAAUGAUUGAAGAUCAGAGUGAAAUAUUGUAAACAUCAGAUACUAAGAUCUACAGUGGCGAGAAAAAGUAUGUGAACCCUUUUCUGGUUUUAACGGGUCAUAAAAAGUACAGACAAACACAAUGUGCUUCAGCUAACACACAACUAUUAUAAUCUUCCAUGUCUUUAUUGAACACAUCCCAUUAAACAAUCACAGUGCUGUGGAAAAUGUAAGUGAACCCUUGGAUUUAAUAACUGGUCAAUCCUCCUUUUGCAGCAAUAAACUCAAUCAAGUGUUUCCGGUAUCUGCAGAUUAAUUUUGGAUCAUUAUUCCUUAAAGAACUGCUUCAGAUCAUAUUCUUAGGAUGUCUGGUGCGAACGGCUCUCUUGAGGUCAUUCCACACCGUGACUGGCAGAGGCAGGAAGCGAAACUGGUGAGAGAGGUUUCUGAAGACCCAAGAUCAAUUGCCAAGACACUAGAGAAUGAUUUAUCCAAGUCUGAGAUGAGGUCUCAAUGAAGAGUCCUGCACGGGAAUGGACUCGAGGUUGCAGAACAACAAACACUUCUGAAGAAGAGAGACCUCCAAAGCUAGACUGAAGUCUGCCAAGGACAACCAGGAGAAAAGUGAUGCAUACUGGAAGCGUGUCCUUUGGUCAGAUGACACUAAACUAGAGCUCUUUGGCUGUAGAGAUGAUGCCUAUGUUUGGCGACAGAAGGGAAAGGUGCUCAUCCCAAAUAACAGCGUUCCCACAGUGAAACAUGGCGGUGGGAGUAUACCGAUGUGGGGAUGUUUCAGCGCGUCUGGACCUGGGAAUCUCAUCAGGGUCUUCCAGCAUGAUAAUGACCCAAAGCAAACCUCACUUCUGGUGAAGAACGACCUCCAAACGAGCAAAGGGAACAUCCUUGACUGGCCUGCACAAAGGCCAGACUUGAAUAACAUAGAACAUCUGUGGGCCACACUGAAGACUAGAGUCCAUGCCAGGAGAAAACAAACCUGGAGGAGCUUGAGAGAUUUGCUGAGGAGGAACAGGCUUCGACUCCUGAGGAGAAAUGCCUAAAACUUGUUGAGAGCUACAACAAACGACUAAAGGCUGUUAUCAAGCAAAAGGGAAACACUAUUAGCAUCAGAGGCUAAUCAUUUUGACCUGUAGAUUCUUAAUUAUUGGUUAUAAUUGUGUUUCUAUUGUAUUAUAAACACUCUAAGUUGCCUAAAUAAACUAUUAUGUUUAGAAAUGCUGUUGAAAAAAAUAUUUGCUCCAUUCAACAGCAUUUGGGAAUUAUUUGAAAAAUAACUAAAUAUUUCAAAGUUGGCUAAUAAUUCUGUCUUCAACUGUAAACAUAUAAACACACACGUGUUCUCUGGUGUACAGCCGGUCCUGCAGUAGGAUCGUGUGCGUGUCAAUAAAUAACGAUAUAAAACAUAUAAAUACACACAUGUUUUCUCUGAUGUACAGCCUGUCCUGCAGCGGGACUCCUCUACCAAUCACUGGCUCCGCCCAGAGAAACGUCACAGGCCGCAAGGAUACAACCGGAAAUUGUCAGCGUAACACCGGAAGUACAUUCGGCUGAUUUCUUUGAAACUCGAAUGGAAAGUUCCUGCAUGUGAAAUUCAGCUGCAGAAUGUCAACAAAGAGUCUGGCGAAGGCACUGGGGUUGAUCCGACAGCGCAGUCAGUCAUGCAGUGAGACACGUCAGCAGCAGUCUGUGCGCAAGCAGCACUUCAGAUUCCUGAUCAUCAUUGAUUUUGAAUCCACAUGCUGGAGAGAGAAGAACAACUGUGGUCAGGAGAUCAUCGAGUUUCCUGCCGUCCUGCUCAAUGUGUCCAAUGGACAAGUGGAGUCAGAGUUUCACUCGUACGUUCAGCCACAGGAACAUCCUGUUCUGUCAGAGUUCUGCACGGAGCUCACGGGCAUCACACAGGAUCAGGUGGAGUUAGCUCCACCCCUCCACAUCUGUCUGUCCAGAUUCAUCCGCUGGUUACACAGCCUCCAGCAGGAAAAGGGCGUGGUCUUUGAGAGUGACAGUAAAGGCCCUGCCCCCUCUGGACAGCCCUGUGCUUUUGUCACAUGGUCAGAUUGGGAUUUGGGGGUGUGUUUGCUGUACGAGUGUAAACGGAAGCAGAUCGGUGUUCCUGAAGCUUUAAAGAGCUGGAUUGACCUGCGAGCCACAUACAGGCUCUUCUAUAACAGGAAACCCAAAGGACUGAGAGGAGCUCUGAUGGACCUCGGCAUCCAGUUUACAGGAAGAGAACACUCGGGUCUGGUGGACGCGAGGAACACGGCUAUGCUGGCGUGGCGGAUGGUUUGUGAUGGUUGUGUGUUGAUUGUGACUAAGUCUCUGAGGCGGACUGCGGUGAAGUCUAGACCUCUGCGGGGAAACAUCUCUGAGUGCUCGACUCGUCCUGCACCGGUGGCUGGAGAUAAACAACCACAGAUGCUCGUUUCACCCCACACUGUCCUCAACAGCACAAACAAACCAGUGUGUGUCAGCAUCCCACAAACACACACUCUACUGACCACCAAAAUGACUGACACGACCUAUGACCCCGACACACUAGACACCUGCUGGACAGACGGAGUCAUACUGACAGAGGAGGAGGAGCCUAGUGCCUGUUAUGAGGUGCCUUUGGGGGAGGAGCCUAGUUCCUAUGAUGAUGUGGCUUUGGAGGAGGAGCCUAGUUCACAUUAUGUUGUUCCUCUGGAGGCGGAGCCUGAUGCUGUUGAUGGGCCGUCUGUCUCUGAUGCAUCCAGUGAGAAUUCUGACCGGCUUCUGAGAACCAGAAACUCUGAAAGUUGUAAAAAACCUUUGAUCCAAAGCCACACUACCACAGAACCCAACAAAACCACAUCAAACCAACAUAAACCACAUCCCUCCAGACCAGCGAGUCUCUUUAAAACACCCAAACUCCCUCACACAGACCUGUACGGGCCCAUCUCUUGUUUGUUAGGACGCAGCGCUGCUCCAUUUAGUGUUUACAGUGACCCGACUGCUGACCCGCCAGUCAGCACCAGAAAGCCCAGUGUGUCCCGCCCCCCUCUGUCCUGCGCUGUCAAUCACUCCUCAGCAGCCAAUAAGAGAACGUCUCCUCUGUGUGCGUGUGGGCGCAGGGCCAGGCGUCUGACGGUGGGUAACGGUGGGCCCAAUCACGGCCGUGUGUUCUACAGCUGUCCCGUCAGACGGCAGGGCUGUGAUGGGCGACACAAGGGCUGUGAGUUCUUCCAGUGGGAAUCUGGACUCCUCCAGACCAGAACACCAAAGACCAGCAGCUGUAGAACCAGAACACUCCGCUAAACCACAACUCUCUCUUUCAUUCUCUCUGGAUCAUGAGGUAUAACAACUCACAAAAAGUGAAAAUACAUUUUAAAAUAAUAAAUCACUUUUAGCAGAGAACCGUACGUGUUGCAGCUAAUAGCUUGUGGAAAUCUUCAUUGGUUCUACCACUGGUACUGUAACACAAUACUUCAGUAUCGCUCUCCUCGCCCGGCGGAGGACUCGCUCUUGCAAUAUGAUUCACAGCAUUCUGUUUUAAAGGAAACAACAAACACACUUUCCACUUUCCAAUCAACUAUAUAGUUUUAAACAUUCUGUCAUCAUUCACUCACCCUCAUGUCAUUUCAACCCUGUGUGACUUUCUUCUGUUGAUAGCUUGAAGAUUGUUGUUUGUUUUGCCCAGUCAGGUGAUGUCAGUGGGGUCCAAAACAUUGUUCUUCAAAAUAUCAAACAUAUCAAACAUUCUUCCAAAUAUAACUCGUGUUCUGCAGAAGUCGUUCAGGUUUGGUUCGACAGGAUGAACAUUUUUAUUUUUUGGUGAUUCCUUUAAAAUGUUAGCAAGCAAAUGUUUGUAAUCAUCAGAGAUUACAUUCAUGUUUUAUUUGAUCAUCUAACAACAGAUGCAAACACAUCAUGACCAAUAUCCUUGAAACCGUUUAAACUGGAGCACCAGUAGCUACACUGCUAACACCGCUAACACGGCUAAUAAGUGACUGUCACUGGUUCUCAGUGCCCCCAAGUAGACGUCCAGGCCCAAACACUGACUUGACGUUUGGGGAUUUAUGUGAGUCCCUCAGGAACUACAUCAGUGUCCAUGGCAGGAACGGGACACCCCACUCCAAAGUCAGUGAGAUCUGUCUGUCGAAACACAAGAGUAUAUGGCAAAAGAUGGAAAUAAAGUGCGUUUUUGAAUAUCCAGUGGUACUACUUGGUAAAAUACAUUUAAAGACAGAGAUUCAAGGGAAAGUUUAAUAUAAUAUGUUAGCAAAUAUACUAGUGAAUAUCAUAAACUGUAGGAAGUUUUUUAAUGGAUAAAAAUGAAAGUUGUUUUGCUUUAUUUAAACAGUGUAAAGUUUCUGUUAUUAAAUCGAUGGUUAUAUGUAACAGUGCUUAGAUCUUGAAAUAAACAUGCUAACUAACCGUGUGUAUUUCAGGUCAUAUAUCAGCAUGCAGGGCCAUAAACACCUGCAGUCUAUUCAUACUGGAAAAGCUCUUAUCUGAUCUGGAUCGUUAAAGCACAGAAGUUGUAACACUAUACACGUAUGAAUGAAUGAGAGUAUGGAUGAUGAGAGCAUUAUAUCAGUUAAAUAUGCAGUUAAUGAACAUCACUCGAAGCUUUUCAGCAUUGUGCGCGCUGCGGCCAUCUGGUGGUCAAGCGACGAAUUACACCUGAGAAACUGCUGCGUCUCUUUACAGAGGCUGGUUUCACAUCUGGUUCUGCGACUGAUUCUUAUUUUAAAUAACUAAAAAUCAUUUGUUGAAGUGAUUAAGCUAGUUUGGUUGUAUUGGAACUAAAAUAAGUCAAAUAAAUGAAUAAAAAGAAAAUCUGCG